GCCAAGAGGAUCUCGGCAUGGUGGUAUUCCCCCAUUUGACUUGGUCCAAAAUGCUCCAAAGCUUAUCCCUCAGCCACCAUUCACUUCCUUUCACGUGGCCUCCUGAGGACCAAGGCCUUCGAGCACUAUCAGUACUCCGUAUCAUCCGAGAAGCCAGCUGAAGCACCGGCUCACCCACCCAAGGCCAGAUGACGGAGGUACAGGCACCUGGCUGGAGGUCGAGCUGGGACGGAGGUGAGGACAUGGUUCACCGGUUGGCGGGGUGAAGCUUCAGCCAUCGCACGCCGGCGGUAACACCCCCCUCCGAGAUCUGGCAGGUUCUAGGACUGGAGCUCCUCGACGCUUGCUUUUCCUGUAGAUGGGCUCAGGAGCUAGGCUCGUGAGGUCCGCCAGAUUAGGCGCCUCUAGUGCUCUGGUUGCAGCGAGGUCCGCAGUAGCAGUGGCAGCGAGGUCCGGCGUAGCCACGGCGGCGAACUCGAACAGUCUCUUCCGACGGAGAACCUGGACACACACCACUUGAUUUCAACCGUCUCCCGCCAUGGUCAUACAGUCGGCACUCUCCCUCUGCUUUCAACCUCUCACCUUUAAAUCUCUCACAAAGAACAAGCCUUCUUUUGCACUCCAUAAGCCGUAUCUCCAUUUCAGAAACCUAGGGUUCGGCACCGGGAAGCGAAUUCUACAGUCUCGAACGCUCAACAAGUUUCCAAGGCCUGCUUUUCCGUUUGAGUGUCAAGUCUCAGAUGAAAAAGAAGACUAUAAAGAAGAAUACGAGGAAGGGGAAUAUGAUGAUGAUGAAGAAGCUGCGGAAGAGUAUGAAGUCAUUUCAGCUGAGGCUUCCGAUGGAGACGAAGAAAGUGAGCACAAAAUCGAAACUGAAGAUUCUAUUGGUGUGGUGGAAGAGGAUCAAUUGAGGUUCGAAGAAUUUAAGUGGCAGAGAGUCGAUAGGGUUUGCAAGGACGUCCGGGAAUUCGGAGAAGAAAUUAUGGAUGUUCACGAACUUGCUUCAAUUUACAAUUUCCGUAUUGAUAAGUUCCAGAGAUUGGCGAUUCAAGCGUUUCUAAGGGGUUCUUCAGUUGUGGUGUCUGCGCCAACAAGUAGUGGCAAAACUUUAAUUGCUGAAGCUGCUGCUGUUGCAACAGUGGCAAGAAGAAAGAGAUUGUUCUACACCACCCCUCUUAAGGCUCUGUCAAACCAGAAAUUUCGCGAAUUCAGGGAGACAUUUGGCGAAAGGAGCGUUGGGCUUCUUACAGGAGAUUCAGCUAUCAAUAAAGAUGCUCAGAUUUUGAUUAUGACUACAGAGAUUUUGCGCAAUAUGUUGUAUAAGAGUGUUGGGAUGUCUUCAUCAGGAAGUGGACUCCUUCACGUUGAUGUGAUUGUGUUGGAUGAAGUACAUUAUUUAAGUGACAUAUCUCGGGGUACAGUCUGGGAAGAAAUUGUUAUUUAUUGCCCAAAGGAAGUUCAACUUAUAUGUUUAUCAGCAACUGUUUCUAAUCCAGAUGAGUUGGCUGGUUGGAUAGGUCAGAUUCAUGGCAGAACUGAGUUGGUGACCUCACCUAAACGGCCAGUUCCAUUGACUUGGCACUUCUCAACAAAAGCGGCUUUACUACCUCUUCUUGAUGAAAAAGGCACAAGCGUUAACCGGAUCCUGUCAUUCAAAUAUCUACAACUUGAUGAAUUGGGAACUACUGUACACAAGGAUGAAUGGUAUAGGAGGAAGUCUCGAAGGCAUGGCUUUGAUGUGCCCCGGGUUGUUGACACAUUAUGGCAACUAAAGGAAAGGCAUAUACUUCCAGCAGUGUGGUUCAUCUUUAGUAGGAGGGGAUGUGAUGCAGCUGUUCAGUCUCUUGAAAACUGUAAGCUACUAGAUGAGCGUGAAGUGUGUGAAGUUGAUCUCGCCUUGAAAAGAUUCCGUGUUCAAUAUCCUGAUGCAGUGAGGGAUUCCUCUGUUAAGGGUCUUCAACAAGGGUUAGCUGCACAUCAUGCUGGCUGUCUUCCUCUGUGGAAGUCAUUUAUUGAAGAGCUAUUUCAGCGAGGACUUGUUAAGGUUGUCUUUGCAACUGAGACACUGGCUGCUGGAAUUAACAUGCCUGCCCGGACAGCAGUUAUUUCAUCUCUCAGCAAGAGGGCUGACAGUGGACGUGUUUCAUUAAGCUCAAAUGAGUUGUUCCAAAUGGCUGGGCGAGCUGGCCGUAGGGGUAUUGAUGAAAUGGGUCACGUAAUCAUUGUUCAGACCCCGUACGAAGGUCCUGAAGAGGGCUGCAAACUUCUGUCUUCUGGGCUUCAACCCCUUGUCUCGCAAUUUACGGCUUCUUAUGGAAUGGUGCUAAAUCUUCUAGCAGGGACGAAGGUCACACAUGGAUCAACUGAGUCAGAUGAGCUUAAAACUUCACGAGGAGGACGUACUCUGGAAGAAGCAAGAAAAUUAAUUGAACAGAGUUUUGGAAAUUAUGUUGGGAGCAAUGUGAUGGUUGCAGCCAAAGAGGAGCUUUCUAGAAUAGAAAAGGAGAUUGAGAUACUCACUUCAGAAAUAAGUGAUGAAGCAAUUGAUAGAAAGAGCCAGAAGCUCCUGUCACCAUUGGCUCAUGAGGAGAUUUCCAAUCUUCAGGAAGAAUUAAAAGCUGAAAAACGCUUGCGUACUAAACUGCGAAGAAGAAUGGAACUGGAAAGAAUGCUUUCUUUGAAGCCUUUGUUGAAGGAGCUUCAGAACGGCCAUCUACCAUUUGUUUGCUUGCAGUACAAUGGUGCAGAUGGAGUUCAAUAUCUAGUUCCCUCUGUUUAUUUGGGAAGUCUUGAUUUGCUGACUGCUCCAAAACUUAAGAAUUUGGUUAACUGCUCUGAUAUGUUUGCUCUAAAUAUAGAAGCAGAAAGUAAUGAAUAUGGCGGAGGUGAAAGUGAAGAUAAUUUAAAGCCAUGCUACCAUGUGGCUCUUGGCUCAGAUAACUCUUGGUAUCUUUUCACCGAAAAGUGGAUUAAAACAGUCUACAGAACAGGCUUCCCAAAUGUUGCUUUAGCUCAAAGUGAUGCUUUGCCUCGUAAUAUUAUGACAGAACUUGUCGAGAAGGGGGCUAUGCAAUGGCAGAAGCUGACAGAGUCCGAGUUUGGAGGUUUGUGGUGCAUGGAGGGAUCUUUAGAGACAUGGUCUUGGAGUUUGAAUGUGCCAGUUUUGAGUACGCUUUCUGAGGAUGAUGAGGCCAUCAAAUUUUCUCAAGCAUACAAUGAGACAUUAGAAAGCUACAGUGACCAAAGAAGUAAAGUUUCUCGUCUAAAGAAAAGGAUAUCACGAUCAGAAGGAUUUAAAGAGUUCAAGAAGAUUGUAGAUAUGGUUAGAUUCACGGAGGAGAAAAUUCGAAGGUUGAAGGUCAGGUCAAAUCGUUUAAGAAAGCGGGUUGAACAGAUUGAGCCAACUGGAUGGAAAGACUUUAUACAGGUCAGCGAUGUCAUUCAUGGAAGCAGGGCAUUGGAUAUCAAUACAUUUGUUACAUUUCCACUUGGUGAAACAGCAGCAGCAAUUCGAGGAGAAAAUGAGCUCUGGUUUGCCAUGGUUCUUCGAAGUAAAUUGUUGCUAAGCUUAAAACCUGCACAACUUGCUGCUGUCUGUGGAAGUCUAGUUUCAGAAGGGAUAAAACUCCGGCCUUCAAAAAGCAACAGUUACAUAUAUGAACCUUCUGCCAUUGUCUUGGAUGUCAUCAACUUAUUAGAAGAACAAAGAAUCGCACUUGUAGAACUUCAAGAGAAGCAUGGGGUAAAUAUAUCUUGCUGCUUGGAUAGCCAAUUUUCUGGCAUGGUUGAAGCUUGGGCCUCUGGCCUAACCUGGAGGGAGAUUAUGAUAGACUGUGCUAUGGAUGAAGGAGACCUUGCCCGCCUUUUACGAAGAACGAUUGAUUUAUUGGCUCAGGUUCCUAAACUGCCCCAUAUUGACCCACUGCUGAAAAGCAAUGCGAAGAUUGCAUCUAGUGUGAUGGACCGUCCGCCGAUUAGUGAACUGGCAGGAUGAAAAUCGCUUUAAAAUAAGUAAUUCCACUCAAAUGAUGCUUGUUCUUGUAAGAGUAAUGCAUCUGUAAGCUAGGCCAGAUAUUCGUCGAGGCUGCUAAAAAAACAGAUGCAGCUAGCCGGUGCUAGUUGCUUCAAAUUCAAUAGUAUUGGCCAUUGGGCGAGGAAAUCAUAGUGAAAAUUGCAUGAAGAUUGUCAUCCUGCACAACACAUACCAGUACAUGCCGUGGAGAAAUGCAUCCGCACUGGGUUAAAGCCUGAUUAGUUAUACAUAGUGCUUCGUAUAUGGUAUGGGAAUUAUACGGUGUUUAAUAAGGACGUGUUUUAUUCGUUAAAAAUGAAAUAUACUGUCAAAAAUUCAUAAAAUACGUUGACCUCAAAUUCAGCCAUUUAUUUAAAUAUUUUAAUUGUAUUUUGUUCCAAUAACAAAAAUAAAAUAGUUUAGCGUGUCAUAAAAA